UGUGUCCUUCGCUGGUACAGUAGAUAAUUCAUGAGGGACUAACUGGCCGCACAUGGAAGCGGCAGCGGACGGAAGCGAUCGUGACGCGCUUAGCCGCAACUUCAACUUUACCGGCAGUCAGUUGACGUGUUUUACGUUCCGGCCCGUUGUUGUUCAGUGAUCGUUGUGCAGUGACAACGGAGGAUGCAGAAUCAAGAGCCGCAAUUGUCGCACGUGCCAGUACCGCCACCGAAGAUGCCAGCUUCGUCAAGUCGCAUUCUUUACGACAUCCCCUGCAAGGUUUGCAGAGAUCACUCCUCGGGGAAACAUUACGGUAUCUUUGCAUGCGACGGAUGCGCCGGUUUCUUCAAGAGGUCGAUCCGCAGAAAUCGGCAGUACGUGUGUAAGGCGAAAUCCGAGGGGGGUUGCAUGGUAGAUAAGACCCAUCGUAAUCAAUGUCGUGCUUGCAGAUUAGCGAAGUGUAUUCAAGCCGGUAUGAACAAGGACGCUGUGCAACACGAACGGGGCCCGCGAAACUCGACGAUUCGCAGGCAAAUGGCCUUGUACCUGAAGGAACCCGAAGUGAUAGCCAACAUAGUGCCGCCAGCGGUGACAGCUUUGGAUCUGGCUUUGCCCAAACCGUCGGCCGAGUCUCGCGUCUCCAUAGCCGCGCCGCCGACUCAUCCCCCCUUACCGCAUCCUAUUUACUGCAACGCUUUAGCGAUGACGAAGUUUCCGUUGAACAUGGCGAGCUUCUCGAUAUCGCUGAUACCGCCGAUCACGCCGGAGUCGAUCUGCGAGCAAGCAGCGCGGAUCCUCUUCUUCAACGUGCACUGGACGCGAGACCUGGUGACGGGCGCGAAUCUCACCCUGGACGACCAGCUGAUGCUCUUGGAGGCCUCGUGGCGCGAACUUUUCUUGCUGGCUACCGCGCAGCUGAUGCCGACCCUUGACCCCACGCCGCUGAUACCGCCGACUUCUCGCGGCAUCGAGCUGGCGAUCGAGGUGAAUCGAUUUCGCGAGACCUUGGCCAGCUUCCACGGGAUGAACCUGGACUUCCAAGAGUUCAGCUACAUCAGAGCGAUAGUGCACUUCAAAGCUGGCCUGGAGUGCGACUCGCUGUCGAGCAGCCGCAACAGCAGCAGCAGCAGCAGCACCAGCUCGUCCAGCACGCCGAAUCGACUGAGGAAUCCAACUGCGGUGGCACGGCUGAGGGACAGCGCUCAGCUGGCGCUGGGACAACGGCUCAGCAGCGCCAAUUACGGCGCCCUCAGGUUCGGCAAGAUGCUGCUGCUGUUGCCGUCCUUGCGAUCCGUGUCCGCGAACUCCAUCGCCGAGCUGUUCUUCAAGAGCACGAUCGGCGUGAUCCCGAUCGAGAGGAUAAUCUGCGAUAUGUACAGGGGAGUUUGAACGUCGUGUGCAGCACUCUGUAAAGAAGCUUCGAUACACCGUAGACUAUAUAUCGAAUUGACACUUGCGGAAAGAAGACGUACACGGCGAUUGUUAUUUUUAUAUUAUUACGUUGAAGAGAGUGUGAAACUGUACGGAGUGCAGUCAAUGCAAUAAAAUUACGACCUUGUCGAGUAAGGUCGAUAAUGUACUUAAUUCUUAUCUAAAAUAGAGGAAUAGAGGAAGGAAGAGGAAGAGAUAUUUAGUGCUCACGCGAACUGGGAUGCAAUCCCUUCGAGAGUUAGAAGAAUAGUAAAUUACACAGUGACGAAGAAUGAAGAAGUCAGAGGCAAUAUAAAAUUAUAGCACUAGGAAGAUUUUUCGACGCUCGCACACAUUACAUUCCUUCUUGAAUGAAUAUCCUAAGAAGAAGAAGAAGAAGAAGAAAGGUCAUUAUGCGACAAGUUUACGAUGUAGUUAUUAUUUAUUAAUUGUUGAUAAAUUAUUUUGUAUCUAUUACAGCAUUAUUGACACACGGCUAUAUAUAGUAAUAAUAAUUAUAAUAUUUACGUUAAUUAUUGACUACAUCGAUCAUCUCCUAGCAACGGCGAAUAUCGAGUGAUGGAGUAGCGUUGUAAGCACAGAACGCGGCGCAGUUCACCAAUGCCAAUGCCACCACAGGUGCGAUGUUGAUCCAUACAUCUAUUGCUGCGAGAAGAUGAGGAAACCUAGGCGUCUAAGACGCCUCGUCGUGCGCCGAUCUUUUGCUCAUUUGCCAAUUUUGCUUUUAAUUAAUAUCUUACUUACCAAGACACAAUUUACAGAAUGACUUGAAUGGGACUUCUCUGUUCAAUUCGAUGCCCGCCCGACGACCGCGUUAUCGCGUUUAAAGUCGGACGUGUCUCGUAUAUUAUUAAAAAUGACGAGUAUUAUAUUUAUCACUUUCUAACACGUCAGAACUUUUUUUUCCCACGAUUUCUCCUCUUUUGUUAAUUCCAAAAGUGAUGAGAUAUGCAAAUAUCUU